UUUAAACUUAAGUAAACUGAUAUACCUUACGAUUCUUUCCGAUCUGUACAAACUGAAUAUUUAUAACACUAUGGAAUAUUCAAUUACCCUGCGUUUAAUAUCUUUACAUUUUAUAUGGCAACGAAGCGGAAGUAUGUCAAAACUUUGGUAAUUAUACUUGACUAAACGUUGUCAAAAUGAAUUGUUUAAUGUUGACAAUAUGGAUAAUACAGUUAUAUCAUUUUUUAUCUUACUAUCUAAACAUCGGUAGUCAAGUAAUGUAAUAGAUCUGACAUAUAUUUGGUACUGAUAAAUCUUAUCUAUGUAUGUUAGUUUGUAUCAGAGUGUGUGUGUAUGAAUAAUGGAAUAAAAUAACGUUGCAAAAAUGGAUACUAUCCACUUUUGGGCAAAUUCAAGGAAAGAAUCUGGCGACAGGACUUGCGUGAAAAUGAAAAAAUAAAAGCCUUAUUUAAACAAGUUGUCAACGAAGCGGCUGGAAAACAUAUUCCUCUGACAUCUAUUACGGGACACGAGGAUAUCAUAUCUGCCAUUGCACAUUUCGGGAAUAUUAACCAAAGGUUUGGAAAAGGUGAAACACUUCUCCACUGGGCUGCAAGCUAUGAACCGGCGUAUGCGUUAGCUACAUCAAAAGUCCUAGUUCUACUUCUGCUUGGAGCUGAUCCAAAUAUUCAAGAUAAUCUGGGACGUACACCACUACACUGGGUGGUAAAUCAUGAUUGUUCAGAUAUGGCAGAGGACAGCGAAAUUCAAUACGAAAGGAGAAGUAAAUCAGAUGCUAUAAAAGUAGUUAAUCACUUGCUGUCCUUUAAUGCUUCCCCAAAUAUAGUUGACAUUUAUGGUGCGUCACCACUUUGUCAUGCAGUAUGGUCGAAAAACAACGACAUUGCUAGUAUUCUACACCCUUUUACAUGUGAACAUUUUAUCAGAACUCCGGAGUUUUUCCUUCUCGAAAAUGAGAACACCAAAAGCAUCAGAUGUUCGAAUGUUGACCAGUGGAUACAAGAGCAUACCUCGAGCGUAAAUGAGAACAAGGACAGGUUGCAACAUCUCUUAUCUUCCCCUGGUAUUGGUUUAUUGCAUCAUGGAGAGGAAAUUGAAAUGCAAAAAGUUCAGGUCAUCGCACUAUUCAAAAGGUUAUCUCUCAAUAUCAAGAAAGAAGAUCCAUUGCUUGAAUUCGUUCCAACUUUGGCAGGAAGUAUGGCAGAAGGAACAAAAUGCCAAAAACCGGACGAACAAGAUAUCAUGCUUCGUCUUAUUAAGUUUGAAGAUUUGUGUAUUCCUGAAGAAUCGGAGCAUGAGCCACAUGGAGUGAUAACUCUAAAAUUCAAUGGCAACGACAUGGAAACCAAGGAAUAUCAAAAGUAUAUUAUCGAUGGGUAUUUGAAUAGAGAGGAGAUCCUGUACUCUUUGAUAACCAAGAUAGAAAAAGAGCUUUCUUCAGUAUCUUUUUGGUCUGAAAAUGACAUCAUAAAUAUCUACCCAACACAUGAUACGACAGUCGAACUGAAACAGGCUAUUGAAGUUGGUGACAUUGGCAACCUUACAUUCAUUUGGCAUGGAAAGCAUUACAAGCAGAUAAAAUUAUCUGUAGAUGUUGUACCUGCUAUUAUCAUCAAGGAAUGGCAACCGGGCAAUGCGCUUACAGAAGAUCCCACAGGUAGAGCUGUACCGAAUGAAACUUUUCUAAUACUUCGAGCAUCUAUUGAGGAUUUUGACUAUGACUUAGAAUUACACGGAGAUCUUAAUUCUAACAUAGAAACAGCUGGUGUAGACCUUUCUACUCUAGAAACUUUAAAUGGUAAAGAUUGGGAUUCAGGAAGCGACUGUAUAUCUGAAAAGAGUGACGAGGACUGCGAUAAAGAUCCAGUAAACGUAACCUCUGGUAUUUAUAGUGCUAGUAUGGUAAGAUCGUUAAGAAAAGACUUCGGAUUUUCGAUUCCAAAAACUAAGAAUAUUGCAAGAAAUAUUGAUGCAAUCUUGGGUGAAAUUAAUGAAGUCCAAACAACGAAUAAACGAACGAAAACAGCAGAAGAUAACGACACCAAAAUACAAUCAGUUCAAAAACAUCACAAAUCCGACUCCUAUAAAGAUAGUUUUGCACUUGUCACAACUGAAAAAAACGUAGAGAUCGGACAGCAUAACGAAAUGGGCUCUAUAAACCAUGAAACCGGUUCAGACAACUUAGACAAAAACAAUACUAAAGUCAUUAAAUCAGCAUUAGGUAAGUGUCAGAACUAUGAAAAUGAUAGAGGAAGGCAGCAAAAUACCGUGAGUCAUGACAGUACCAAAUCAUCAGUGAUGAGUGACAGUAACAAGAGACUGAAUGAAACUAUUGGUAAAACGUCAAAUCUGAAAGGUAUGUCAGAUGGAACAUAUAAUAUGGACAUAUUGCCCGAUUCUAAAGACAACAAAUGUGCUUUGGAAUUGAUAAUACAGUCUGGAGGGAUUGCAGGUAUGGACGAUUUUACAGAAGAUAAGAGUGAACAACAAACAGGCAGCUGUGAAACAGAAAAUCAAGAUGAAUUCUCCUUAAUAUUUCGGCGAGUAAAAGAGAAUCGAGAUGCAACUGAGACAGACAUUUUUCGAACAAACGUUGAUCAAAACCAAAGUAACUGCAAUAAUAAGGAAUACGAUAAAAAUGACGAAAAAUUACAUGAGGAAAUUGUAAGCAACGUGAUAGCGAGUUUUGAUGGAUUCGGCAAUGUGAACGUUAAACCAAUCGAAGGAAACGAUAUCGGAGCCGAGAGUGCUGAUUACUCUUUUACGGUGCAUUUUGAAGAUGAAAAUAACAAAGAUGACGAUAAUGAUGAAGAUUCCGAUGAUUAUGAAACUGGUGUUUCAGAAGAAGAUAUCGAAGAUCCGCGUGAAGACAUGGGCUUUAGAAUAUCAUACAGCAAGUGGGAAAAUGAAACUAUGGCGGCUUUCCCUAAAUGUAUUAAAACUGCAUAUAUACUUAGCAAGAUUCUGGUGUCUUACGUGCCUAAAGUAAGGACGCCGCUCAACAGGGGAAUCCAUAAGAACAUGAAAGGGUACAGUUCUAUUAAAGACAUAUUUAGUUACUUGUUAAAAAUGGCACUUUUUACUGUAGUAAGAAAUAAUCGAGGUCACCGGUGUCUGACAAGUGAUUCCGAUGUCCAAGAUAGAAUUGAGGAGCCACAAGAAUUAGAAAAUACUACUGAUGUCGUUGAACAGGUCAUUUACUCUAGAACAGGCGGCCAGGACAGUUCCAAAGUCAAUGAAGAACGCAAAACAACCUUGCAUCCACUAAGCUCAAAUGAACUGCUGCAAGUUGCUUUCUGGGUUAACGAAUUGUUUUCCGAGAUAGAAGCCUCUGCUGAAGCAGGUCGUCUUGCGACAUACUUUGAUCCGAAAAUUAACAUUUUGGAUCGAAUUGCUAACUCGGGCAAACAAAAAGGAAAACCAUAUCCGGCUAUGCUUUAUCUACGAAAGCACUGUAAAAUGAUCAGAUCUUUGGUGCGUAUAGAAGACGAAAAACCUAUGCUUUGCUGAAUAUUAUAUAAAUAUCAUAUGGCAGCGUGUUUGACAUUGAUAUUGUCAACCCAAGGGCAGAAUGUCACCUGAGGCGAAAGCCGAGUGGUGACAUUCUGUUUCGAGGGUUGACAAUAUCAAUGUCAAACACGCUGUCAUAUGAUAUUUAUUUUGUUAUACCGAACAAAAUUUAGUACAUAAAAAUGUUUAAAAAUGUUUUUAAUUCAUUAAAAUUUAACAGUUUCGUCUUUAGCGCGGUAAUUGCCUGUGUACACAUUGAAUAGUGCAUUACUACUAUAUGUGUACAAUAGAGACAAUCAUUUGACUAAAAUAUUGAAGCAGUUAAUUGCCCUUAUAUGACAUUCAAAAUAUCAGCGCGGUCACAUGACCUGACAGUCACUUUCGCUUGGUCACGUGUCAAAAGGGUUGAAAAUGUUUUUGAUAGUCAAAAUAUCUCUUUCUCGGGUAAUGGGAUUUUAUUAUUCAAUUUGUAGACAAAAAAGAGAUAUAAUAAUAGACUAUGUGACGUUACUAUGCACAAUUGUAGACAAACAACGGAAAGAAAAUGUCUUGGUGUUUGCCAGUAUUAUUUCAGUGGACAAAUACUAUUCCUUAUUUACAUGUUAAAUUCGCAAGCCUGCGACGCAACGACUGCUUUCAUAACUUGCGAAUCUAAAGAAAUCACUUUUGUUGUAGCAUACUGGAGGUUGCUUAAAAAUGAAACGAUACUAGUAAAUAACAUUUUUGUCAUUAAAAUCAUCUCUAGAACUGGUAGGAGAAAUGUUGCAAGUCUUAUACAGUGAGCAUGGUCAUUUGGCUAACAUAAACAUGCAUAAUUCGAUUUUGAUUUUUGUCGAUUAGGGAAAUCAGCAUACCACUAUAUACGUUUCACAACUUAGGAUGGUGUUGAGGUUGUGUCGGUGAUUUGUCAUAUAGGAAGCUGGAGUUAAAUACUACGACGGCCGUCUUUUUUUUUUUUUUUUUUCAAAGAAAACUUUGAGACAUUAUUAUACAUCUUUCGAGUUCUUAUCAUCACUUUUGUAAUUUUUUUCAUUAGUAUUGCCAUUUACAACUAAAGUUUAUUUAUCAUUAUUCAUCAGCAGUCUGUUUCGCCGGCUGUGUUAGUGGAUUUUUGGAGUAGGAAUCCACAGCAAUAUUUUUUUUAAGCUCAGCAUUAGAUACAAUAAUAACGUAUCUAAUCUGUCCCUGUAUAUAACAUAUUGAUGGUAUGUUCUGUAAAAUAUGUCAUACUUGUUUGAAAAAUAGGUAUUACAAUAUGCAACA